GACAAGUUUCAAAGUGUGAGACCGAGAGGAAAAAAGAUCUCAUCAAAAAAAUAGAGAGUGAUCACCAAAAUUUUCUGAUUUCUUCUUCUUAAAUCUUCUCCCCCUCCCCCCUCUGUAACACCCCGCUUCUCUGUAUCCCUUUCUGCAAAUCAUCUGUCUUUUUGUGGGUUUUCUGAUAUUUGGGUUUGGUUUUUUGGAGGUUUAUAAAACAAAAAACGCAAACUUAGGCAAGGAUUUCUCGGAAGCCAGGUGUUUUCAGAAUCGAGAUCCAGUUUUUAUUUUCCAUUCAAUUGUGCUUUCAUUUUUUUUUUUCUUGUCUUUCAACUAAAUCGCCUGAGAGGGUAAUUUUUGUGUCCCUCAAGGUUGGUUUUCGUUUAGAUCUGGGACUAAAGAGGCUGAUUUUAUUUCCAAAUCCUCUUUUGACCUUAUUUUUAGCUAUUUCCCCCCGUUUUUUUGCGUGGGUAUUUCUUUUGUUAUUAUCACCUGUUCUUUGGUUUUGUUAAGAAACAGGUCUGUAUUUUUUUCGUGAAUUUUUAGAUCAAGGAAGUUAUGGCAGCUGCAAUGGAUUUAUGGAGUAGCACACCAUUUCAGUCAUCAGAUCUAGACCCCUUCAACGGGGGUGAGCUGAUGGAAGCACUUGAACCUUUUAUCAAAAGUGCUUCCCCACCCUCCACCUCUUCCCCUUCCCCUUCCCCUUCUCUCUCUUCUUCCUCCUACCCUUCUCCCUACGAUUCCUACAACAUCUCCCCCUCUGUCUCCCCCCAACCCUUCUCCUACCCAGAUGCCUGCUCCCCCUCGACAACCCAAAUCUUUUCCCAAGGGUUCUCGACCCACGACCCCUAUUCAGGUCUGGAGCAGCAAAUGGGUUCGGUCGGGCUCAACCACCUAACCCCAUCUCAGAUCCAGCAGAUCCAAGCUCAGAUCCACUUCCAACAACAACAACGACAACAGCAGAUGAUGACACAUCAGCAGUACCAGGCCCCACCACAGAGCAUGAGCUUCCUCCUCAGUCCGAAGCCCAUCCCCAUGAAGCAAACGGGUAUCCCACCGAAGCCCGCGAAGCUGUACCGAGGGGUGAGGCAGAGGCACUGGGGGAAGUGGGUCGCGGAGAUCCGUCUGCCCAAAAACCGGACCCGGCUCUGGCUCGGGACCUUCGACACGGCCGAGGAGGCCGCCCUGGCCUACGACAAGGCCGCGUACAAGCUCCGGGGUGACUUUGCCAGGCUCAACUUCCCCAACCUCCGUCACAGCGGUUCCCACAUCGGCGGCGACUUCGGAGAGUACAAGCCGCUGCACUCGGCCGUUGACGCCAAGCUCCAGGCCAUAUGCCAGAGCUUGGCUCAGGGUAAGAGUCUCGACGGCAAGAAGAAGAAGCCGUCGUCCAAGAAGGCUUCCGCUGCUGCGGCCGCCGCCGCCGCCGCCGAGAUGGGUGGUUGCAAGGUGGAGGCGCAGUCGCAGUCGGAGACGUCGGAGAGUGAGGGGUCGGGUGGGUCGCCGUUGUCGGAUUUGGGGUUUGGGGAUUUCACGGAGGAGGAGACGGCGUGGGAUGCGUCUGUGAUGUUGCAGAAGUAUCCGUCGUAUGAGAUUGACUGGGCUUCCUUAUAAUUAUUGUGAAGUUCCAGUCCUUAAUUUGUUAUUAGUGUUUAGAGAUGGCCUCUGCAGUGAAGUUUUUGACAAUUGCGGGGCUUUCUUUUUAGGUGUUUUAUUAGUAGUAUACUAGUAGUAUUUUGUGUAGGAGACUAUUUAAUGAGUCUAGCCAGUUGUGAUUAGUACUACUCCAAUUAUUAUUGUGAUUCUAGUCUAGUAAGUACUGCACUACUACUAUUACAUAGUAGUAGUAUUAUUCCCUCCACUAUGGUCAGCUGGUUUUUUCUUUGCUAGACCAAGGAAUGGAAUGGAGAAGUGGUGUAAUUGAGAUUCUUAUGAAUGUUAUUCGUACUGUAUUAAUUGUUGUA